AUAAAUAUUAAACAAGAUUAUUCUUCCCCUGGUGAAUUUACAGUCUGAAAGAUCUUCAUAGGAAGGAGUAGUGAUAACAUAUCAUUAAAACAUCACCUUUAAAUUAAUCUCUUUUUGUUUCCCUGUGGUUAGCACUUAUUUGCUAUUGCUCAUGACUAGUGUAUCAUGGCAUGUCCUGUAGUGCUGUUUGAUGGUGUUACAGACCCCAGUUGUCCUCUCCAGCCCUCUGUGAGUUCUUGUUCAGCACAUGUGGAAAUGGAGCAUAUGUCCCUGCUUCAGCUGCUGCCAUACAAAGCCCAGCAGCAUAGCUGAGACCCACCUUUCAUGGUACUCCACACUAAGACUUUGGUUGUUGUAUCAAGGCACAAUUUCCUUCUGCCACCUCAGCUUCCUGUGAGGACAGCUGGAAUCACUCAUGUCUUUAACAGCUGCAGCAAGACUCUAUGAAGCUCGUGUGUUAAAGCCCUGAGAGAAGAGACUGCAAAUGGAAAGAGUGGCAUCCAGUUUUCUCUGAUUUCUGUUAGAUUUAGGUCCCUAAUUCACUUUUUUACCUUCAUAGUGGCAUCAUUCUAGGUGGGAAUUCUGUAGGCAAUAGAUUUUUUUUUUUAAGAAAUGAUUGGGGCUUUCCUGGGCAGAGCACAUAAUAUGGCUUGGAUUGUAAAAAGAACUGAUGCUUCCCAAGGGAAGCAUGGCUCUUGAACUGAACAAGUUGGCAGGUUUGAAAGUUUUUAAGUUUAUUUGCUUAUUUAAAAAGUCAUAACAUAGUUGUAGGCCCUGAAACAAUUUAUGUCCCAGUUUCUGCUCUAGAUUGAACAUAUUAUUUGUCAGAGAAAUUAUUUCAGAGACAAAUUUUUAAAAGCAGCUGUUGAAAGCAUGCUGCUUUCUGAAAAUAGCUAUUUGCUGAGUAAGCUAGAACCAUUGCCUGGAAGCUGAAAUCUGAAAGAAAAGAAAAAAAAAAACUGUGGGAAAAACACAUACUGGUUCUUUUUGGUGGUUGGUUGUUUUUUUUAAUCAUGAGCUUGACUGUCCAUCAGAACAAACUCCUAAAGGAAGAUUCUGUCUCUUGAAAUUUUUUCAAAUCAAAAUGUGAUCCCGUUUUGAAAGUUGUAGUCAAACUCAGCUUAUUGAAUUUGGUAUUCAGGUUACUGAUUAAAAUUUGUACAGCUGUACUGUAGAGGAGGUUGGCACAGACUGAUGUAAUUAUUGGCUUUUUCUGACCUCAGUACCUGUAGACUGUGUGGUGGAAGGCAAGAGUGGUAGCAAGGACUGGACAAGUAUGUUGGGUUAGAUUUGGCUAUGGCAGUGCGGUUCCUGCGGAAGGCAUCUGUGUGGUUAAAGAAGCACAAGAUCACGGUGGUGGCUGUUUCUUGCAUGGGACUGCUUGGCACUAACCUUUCCUAUCAUGUGUUUCCUGAGCAGACAUUCAAACUGUUGCACGAGUGCUGGUCACAGGGGCAGCCAGCUGAGCUUUCGGAGUCGCUCUGUGGUGUGUUUCAGGAUGUCCUUCGAGAUAUUGGUGUCAAGUCCACUGACUCCUACAGAGCCUUUGCAGCCUCUGGCUUCCACCCUGUGAGCGCUGGAAUUCCCUGGCUGCCCUCAGGCUGUUUGGUGGGCAUCCCACCUAACUUUGAUAGCACAGCUCAGGAUAAAAAAGGAAUAGUCAACCAUGUUGUUGUAAUAAACGGCAAGCAAGUAGACUGGGAGAGCAGUGAAGGCACGGCUUUGAAGGAGGCUCUCACAUUUUCCCCUGAAGCUCAGAGGUUUGCCAUUGCCAGGGAGGUGGUGUACUUGCAGAGCGGCAGCGCUUUGGCGAGCGCCGCUGUGGCUCCGGCCUGCCUGGCUGGGACGUUUGUGAGUGGGAGCGCGCUGCAGCUGCUGCUGGGGCUGUCCAGGGGCCCUGUGAUCCUCCGCGGCCUCUGUAACCUCGUCACCGCCAUGGGAGGGCUGCUCUGCUUCUGCGUCUCUUCCGACGCCGUCACCCACCACCUGGACUGCAGGGCCGACAGGAGGGCGGCCAGGCUCUCCCAGGACUACGCCAGAGGGGGCCUAGAAUUUUAUGAUAAAAUCUUGUCCCGCAACAGGAUUUUUCGUGGUCUGAUGGGCAAAGAAGGGAUGAAAAUCUAUGCCCCGAGUGGUAACCUUUUCCCAAGGCACUGGUUCAGAAUAAAGUAUACCCCAUACACUUACCGGAGAAGUUUGAUUGUUAAUAUUUUAACAGAGCUCCAGGCAUCAGAUGGGAGUGCUUGAAUUUUAAACUUGUGAAUUAUGUAUUUUGGAACACCGCUGUGCUGCUUUUUUUUUUUUUUUUUUACCUUCUGUAUUUUCAUUAGAAUUUUGGGUUUUAUUUUUGCAUAUAGUUUGGGAAGAGUUAUUGCACGUUUCUUGAAUAAAGAAUUCUGUCUUAAAAUAUUAAA